AAGACUUACAUUUGAGAAGCUGAAAUCAUAUUUUGACAUUUAUGUUAAAAAAAAAGAAAAAGAGAUGACUCAAAAUAAUCAAUAGUGUCAAAAUAGCUGGUGAUUAAUUAAACUGUUGCCAAAUAAUUGAUUAAUUAACUUAUCUUUGCAGUUCUACAAAGAGGUGCUGUCUUGAGCAGUCAGACGACACAGAUGAAAUUAAUUCAAGCGACUCAACAAUGAUACUGGAUCGCUCCACAGAAGGGAGUAGCAGCUCAGACUCAGGCAGUAAAGAAGGAGGAAAAAGAAGACCCCGGUGCUCACUUGAAGAAGUGCCCUCUCCUCCCUCCAGUUCUGAUUCUAUCCAGCCUGCAGAUAUUGACAGUCCAGAUGCAGACAGUCCAGCAACCUUGGCCAAGCACUACAAGACCCUGCAGACCAUGUGUAAAAGAAAAAAUCCAAACCACCAGGAUGUCGCUCAUCUCCUGGAUUUGGAAUUUGGAGCCAGAAGAGCAUUCAUUGACUUGAAUACUGUUCGUGAGGAAGACAGACACGACAAGAUUCUAGCGGCAUAUCCUUGUUUCAAGGACAUUGGACAUGUGAUGGAUGAGCUUCAACGCAUUCUGGACAAGGAUAAUGGCAACUUCAUCGAUGAACUGAAAGGAAGAUGGCACGACUUCUGCCAGAAGGUGCAGUUUUUCGGUGUAUGGAAAAAGAUGCUGAAACCUCCAAUGGGAAUGGACAAAGCUGAACAGGCUGUUGAAAUCCUACACCAGCUGCCAUCACUGUUCCCCUCCACGUCUGCUCCUUCAAAGAGGGUACGAGAUGCGAGUGAGGCUCUGGUGCAUGUCCUACAGGAAAAAGAAGACCCUCAUGCCUACUUGAAGAAGCGUCCUCUCUCUUGUCCAGUCCUGAUCGUGAGUCCGUCCAACUGCCUCCUAGCGGUAGGAGAUGUGCCAAUAACUACAUUUCCAAAAGACAAGGUCACCGAGGGUGCCUUAUACCUAAUGGCAUACUAUUACACCCUACACCAUACGUACCCAAAGUGUGUAGCCACUCUGCUUUCAGUCAUACAAAAGGGAGUCCUCUUGGACAAAAUCCAUGAGCAAGAUCUCACAUCAUCUUACAAGAAGAGCAUGGCUGAGUGGAAAGCUUUUAUUGGCCAAUAAGGCAAGUGGUCAGAUGUGGACUGUAGGAUAGCGCUCGCCUUUGAUUCUAUAUUGAAAGUUACCCCAGUGUUUGUGUGAGAGUGGUCAAUGGUGUAUUGAAGGACUAGUUGGUCAGAUGUUCAUGUUAAUGUUAGACCAAAACUUUAAAUUCUAAUGUUACAAUUAUCAUCACUUUGUAUUGAGGAUGAAUAUUACAGACUGAGCAAUAAUUGGUGUGUCUGUGCUGUGAGUUUGCCUGUGCAAAGCACAGAGUUUGCAGGUUUGUUGUGGGACAUGUUGGUCAGAUGUUUGGAUCCAACCUUAGACCUGUCCAGAUAUUUAGCAAUAUUCUGCUAUGUUAUCACAUUACAGUUCCAUACACACUGUGAGCCAAAAUGUAAAGAAAAAAGAUACAAAUGCCAAAUCUGUGUAUCUUUUAUACAGACCUGUGUUUAUGGGACACUUUAUUGUCUGGCAAUUAAAGUUUGUUCGAUGCAAGACUAGUUUUAAUUUUUUCUGUCUUUUUUCAAGUAGGUGAAUGUCUUAAAUCCAGAACAGUUUUACUAUUGUAGAGCUUACAAUUGGGUAAAUAGACUU